AUGAAAAAUCUAAUUAAAGGAAGUUUAAAUACUGGUAUACAGAAAUCAUAUGAUAUUGGUGCACAACUUGGAACUGGUAAAUUUUCAGUUGUGAAAUCAGCUACUGAAAAAUCGAGUGGAAAACAAUGGGCUAUCAAGAUUAUGAGAAAAUCAGUGGUUGAAGAACAAAAUCUAAUUAAAGAGGUGGAGAUCAUGUUGGAUAUUAAACACCAAAAUAUUAUUGCGCUCAAGGAAAUCUAUGAGACCGACACUGACUUGGCAUUGGUGUUGGAGUUGGUGACAGGCGGUGAACUGUUCGAUAAGAUCGUCGAGCGAAACAGCUACACAGAGGAGGAUGCAUCGAAACUCGUCAACACACUGAUAAAAGUGAUUAGCUACCUCCACUCGAAGGACAUUGUUCACUGUGAUCUGAAACCGGAGAACUUGCUCUACUCUGACAACUCGGAGAACGCCGUCAUAAAGUUGUGUGACUUUGGACUGUCGCAACGCUGCGCUGCGGGCGAGCAGCUGCGCUCGAUGAUUGGAACCGCCACAUACAUGGCACCGGAGAUCUCUGCAUUCACCGGCUAUGGAAAACCAGUGGAUAUGUGGGCACUCGGUGUUAUCAUCUAUAUUCUGCUCUGUGGAUUUCCGCCAUUCGAUGAAACCACCGGGUGGAAUCUAGAGUUUCCGUCGCCCGAGUGGGACAACAUCUCCGACUCUGCCAAAGAUCUGAUUAAAUCGUUGUUGGUAGUCGAUCCGGCAAAGCGUCUCACCGCGCAACAGGCAAUGAAGAACGUCUGGAUCUCUGGUGUCAACACCGGCAAACAAUCGAUCAUCGGUACACUCAAGACACUUCGCGAAUUCAACACACUGCGUCGUACCGGAACAACGAUGGGUCACAACAAAACACCAUCUCGCAGCAGUGUAUUCGAGCUAUUCCCUUCACUUACACCAUCAACACCAACAACCACCAAUGUAACAUCAACAGCAACAUCAACAAACAAUGUAGAACCAACACCAACAAAGAUUGAAAAGUUGGAUUUCACAAAGAACUUGGAAGAGGAAUCUAGAUUCAACAAAACAUUUGAAAAUGAAAACUAUAGUGAUGUUGAAUCACCAAUUUGUAAUAAUAAUAAUAAUAAUAGUAAUAGUAAUAACAACAAUAGUAAUAAUAAUAAUAUUAGUAGCAGUAAUAAUAGUGUAGAAUUAAAUAUAGGUGAAAUACAGAAUCAAAGAUUAAAUAGUGUUAGAAUAUGUAAUAGUAAUAGUAGCAGUAGUAGUAGUCUGCUGAAGGAGUUGGAUCAAGAGACAACGGUGUUCCAAGCGAUCUUGAAGAAACAGUUGAUGAGUUCACUCGAGAAUACCACUGCGAGUGGCGGCGAUUCCUCGAUGGGCGAUCUCUCGUCGGAUACCUCUACACUCUCUGACAAUGAACGAGUGGUGUCACCGGAUAUGCUAUCGACAGCAAGCGGUGACGGCGGUAUCUUUGUCGAGUCGAACGAACGUCAAACGCUACUGGAACAACUGCGUCAAGAGCGUGAGAUGAGUGCACGUCUGCGGCUAGAACUCUCAGAGGCACGUAAAUCCAGCUUUAAACAACAGCCAACCGAGUCGUUCACAUCGAUAAACAUCAACAGCAGCAGCAACAGCAAUAGCUAUACAGCAAGUGGUCAAUUGUCAUUAUCGAUACCACUGAGUGCAGGAGGAUCGAAUAACAACAGUGACAACGAAGCAACCAACAAAUCCGACAAGAAAGACAAGUCAAAGUAUGGAGUCGAUCGAAUCAUUCAGGAUUUGCAAUCGGACAUCGAGAAACUUCACUUGCCAAAGGAGACCAACGAUAAACUCAACAACCUGAUGCUGACCUACAGACUAAAGAAUCAAGAGAAAUCCGUCAAACUCCAACUCGAAAGACAGAAAGAGAAAUAUAAGAAAUUGAAAUCACAACUUAAGAAAAUACAGAAAUAA